CAUCCAAAAAAAAAAAAAUCAAUAACUAGUCUCUGAAAAAAUCAAAAACAAAUAACUGACACACAAAUGGCUGAGGCAUCGGAACCGCCCGAAAGCGACAUAUCUUCAGGUGACGACUGGGACUAUAGAUCCCGUUCCUCCAGUGAUACCUCGACAAACAAUAUACACCAUCGAAAUCUACUGUUUACUACUGGCCGUCAGUUAAGCUGCGAUCAGGACACGGGUAGUCUAGAUUUGUCUUAUUUGAAUCUGGAUACCAGUUCACUGGGCGCCAACAUUUCACAAUUUGCCGACAAUACCAAUAAUAUGGGUUCCCAGUUGUCAACUGUCAACAUGAGCGGCAAUCGACUAAUGGAAAUACCCUAUCAGUUAUCAAUGUUUACUAAUCUACAAAUGUUGGACUUAUCCCAUAACCAAYUGGCCGUCCUAUGCGACAGUAUUUGCCAACUGAAUCAAUUGCGUACAUUGAUCUGCGCUAACAAUCAAUUGGACGACAAUAGUCUACCAAAAGAUUUUGGCCAAACUUUUGGCCAAACAUUACGGGUGCUAUCGUUGGGCGGCAAUUUGUUCAAAACAAUACCGCCGCAAAUCCUUGAGCUCCGGGCACUUAAAUCACUGUAUUUAGGCAGCAAUGCCAUCGAGACUGUGCCGCGCGAUAUCUGCCGAUUGGAUUCACUGCGGCUCCUGUAUCUCGGCGGCAAUCGACUGGAAGAACUGCCCGAAGAGGUCGGCCGUCUGCAGCACUUGGAGUCGCUAUCGUUGUGCGAGAAUCGACUGAAAUCGUUGCCAUCGACAAUAGCGCAGUUAAAAUCGUUGCGGUCGCUGGCAUUGCAUCGCAAUCAGUURACAACAUUGCCACCGGAUAUUGUUAAGCUYCGGUAUCUGAUGGAACUGUCGCUUAGGAAUAAUCCACUGGUUAUGCGAUUCAUUCGGGAUAUGAUGUUUGAGGUGCCAUCGCUUAUGGAGCUAUCGGGCAGGGCUAUCAAACUGAAUAAAUUGAACUACAAUUUAGAUGAACUACCUAAUUGUUUGGUCAGCUAUCUGAGCAGUGCGCACCGGUGUGUUAAUCCAAAAUGUAAAGGCGUCUAUUUUGACUCCCGUGUCGAACAUAUAAAGUUUGUCGACUUUUGCGGCUCCUAUAGGGUACCAUUGUUACAGUACCUGUGCUCACCCCAGUGCUCAUCCAUACAUCAAUCAUCGCCGCUAAUGAAUCGUUUGUACAGUUCGGACGAAAAUAAUUCGGACGAAGAGUCCGUCGCCAAUAAUCCGGCAGCCGAUGAAAUGAUUACCGAAUUCAGACUCAAACGUGUACUGUUAGGUUAAAGGGAAGGGUGUGGCGAACCGGGAGGUGUGGACCGGGAGACCGGGCACACCCUACCCCCUACCACACCCUAGAUAUACUCUUAUCAGUGAUAUAUUGAU